CUCGGUCGUGGUUGAAUCGCAGCCCCUGUUUCCACCCGGAAGUAUUUUGGAGGCGCACACAUGACAAUGGCAACAUGUUCGAUAGGUAGCGACGCUGCCGAUGAACUAAACGAUCCGGGAGCCGCUCCUUAUGGAAACUUCAUCAACUACUACACAUUCAACCCUCCGGAAAACCGCCUGAGUCUGAUUCCAGCGACACUCCUUCAGGAUUUAGGCUACAGCGACGAGAACCGGACCACACUGAUCCUGGAUGUGGGCUGUAACUCAGGGGAGCUGAGUGUCGCCUUUUACAGGCAUCUGGUGCAGCAGCCUGUGAGCCGGGCAGAGUCAGAUGGGAGAAAAGUGAAGCUCCUGGGCUUCGACUUGGAUGAGAUCCUCAUUCAGCGGGCUCAGCAGACCAAUCCUCUUCCUAACAGCAUCUCCUUCAUCCCUCUGGACAUCACUGAAGACACACAGCAGCUGCAGGAUUACCUGGACCAGCAGGGCUGCUCCCACUUCCACCUGUGUCUGUGCCUGGCUGUCACCAUGUGGGUCCACCUGAACCAUGGAGACUCUGGCCUGCUGCAGCUGCUCUCUCGCCUGGCCUCCAUCAGCCAGCACCUGCUGCUGGAGGCACAGCCCUGGAAGUGCUACCGCUCUGCGGCCCGGCGGCUGAGAAAGCUGGGCCGCUCAGACUUUGACCACUUUAAGACCCUGAAGAUCCGAGGGGACAUAGCAGCGCAUUCAACUGAGCAUCUGGAGACUAACUGUGGCAUGGAACUCAUCCAGAGCUUCGGCAGCACUGCAUGGGACCGCAAGCUGCUGCUCUUUAAAAGGAGAUGAGACCAAAGGACAAAAGUUAAGAGUUUUCAUCUGCUGCAUGGGAGCUGCAUGGGCAGAAAUCAAUGUGGGGAAGAGGAGGAAAGUAAACUGAACUGAUAAUGAUGAUUUUAUCAUUUUAUGUCAAGCAAACAUGCCAAAAAAAUAGCUGGUUGCAGCUUUUAAAAUAUUUUUUUUAAAAAGGAUGUCUAUCUUUCUAUCUUAUUUUAAUCAUAAUAAACAGAAUGUCUUUUGAGUUUA